GCCAGAUACCGCUCUGGUCAUCUCUCUCGACCUCCACUCCUCUUCCUACCAACACGCACAAUGGCGACAGAAGGCACCAGCGCGGGCUCCCACAAGGACCCCCUCACGGGCGAGAUGAUUUCCAAGACCGAGCUCAAGCGCCGCGUAGCAGCCCGCGAACGUGAGGCCAAGAAGGCUGCGAAGGCUGCUGCCCAACCGCAGGGCAAUGCACCCGCUGCCGCUGCAGGACCGAAGGAGGAUGAGCUCAACCCCAACCAAUACUUCGAGCUUCGGUCGCGGACUAUCCAGAAGCUGCGCGAGACUCAGUCGCCAAAUCCCUAUCCCCACAAGUUCGAUGUCACCAUGUCUAUCACCAAGUUCAUUGAGACGUACGGUGUCGAAGGCAAGAUUCAGAACGGCAAGAAGCUCGAGGACGUCAAGGUGCAGCUCGCGGGACGCAUCCACAAUGUUCGCCAGAGUGGUCAGAAGCUUCGCUUCUAUGACCUUCACGGAGAGGGGACAAAGUUGCAGAUUCUCGCUAACCUGAAGGAUGCCGAGAACCAGGACGAGUUCGUCUCAACACACGACCUCUUCCGCCGCGGCGACAUCGUCGGCGUCGUCGGCUCCCCCUCGCGCAGCCAAAAGGGCGAGCUCUCCAUCUCACCUUCCCAGAUGAUCCUCCUCUCCCCCAACCUGCACCAGCUGCCCUCGGGUCACUUCGGGCUCAAGGACCAAGAAACCCGCUACCGCAAGCGCUACCUCGACCUCAUCAUCUCAGAGGACACACGGCGCAUCUUCAUCACCCGCUCGCGCGUGAUCAACUACGUUCGGCGCUUCCUCGACAACCUCGGCUUCCUCGAGGUCGAGACGCCCAUGACGAGCAUGAUCGCUGGAGGCGCGACGGCGAAGCCGUUCGUGACGCACCAUAACGAUCUCGAUUUGGACCUGUACCUCCGCAUCGCGCCCGAGCUCUACCUCAAGCAGCUCGUCGUCGGUGGGCUCGACCGCGUGUACGAGAUUGGACGCGUGUUCCGCAAUGAGGGCAUCGACUUGACGCACAACCCCGAGUUCACGAUCUGCGAGUUCUACAUGGCGUACGCGGACAUGUACGAUCUGAUGGACCUCACGGAGAGCCUGGUCGAGGGCAUGGUCAAGUACCUCACGGGCGGCAAGACGACGCUGACGUACCACCCCGAGGGCAAGGAGAGUAGUAAGGUGUACGAGAUGGACUUCAAGACGCCUUGGAAGCGGUACGAUAUGAUCGGCACGCUCGAGGAGAAGCUGGGUGUCAAGUUCCCGCCUGGCGAGACGCUCCAUACGGACGAGGCGAACAAGUUCUUGCGCGCACUGUGUACCAAGCACAACGUGGAUUGUAGUGAGCCCCGGACGAACGCGCGGUUGCUUGAUAAGCUCGUCGGAGAAUACAUUGAGCCUCUUUGCAUCUCCCCCGCUUUCAUCGUCGGCCACCCGCAGGUCAUGUCGCCCCUCGCUAAGUGGCAUCGCUCGCGGCCCGGGUUGUGCGAGCGCUUCGAGGGCUUCAUGUGCGGAAAGGAGUUCUGCAACGCUUACACCGAGUUGAACGAUCCGUUUGAGCAGCGGCUGCGCUUUGAGGAGCAGAUGCACCAGAAGGAACAGGGCGACGACGAGGCGCAGGGGAUCGACGAGACGUUCGUGGAUGCCCUCGAGCACGGCCUGCCACCCACAGGCGGCUGGGGCAUCGGCAUCGACCGGCUGGUCAUGUUCCUGACGGACUCGCAGAACAUCAAGGAAGUGCUCCUGUUCCCCGCGAUGAAGCCCGUCGAGACCGCGGUCAACACGUCGGGCGCGGCGCCUGGGCCCGCGGGGCAGGUCUGAGAUGCGGCCACGCUUUUGGAAGGGCAAAAGUAGACAUCGCAUACGGUAGAUUAUAUCUUGUUGGUUUUUUGAGAUUAAUGAUGGGAGGC